GCUUUCGAGUCACUUCUAAAGGAAGCACUGCCCCUCAGCAAAUCCCAAUGUACCGAGCUGAUUCUACCACAGGAAAUUCGGUCACUUUAAGUCUUGGACAUACCCAGGGAUUAUAUAUAAAAUAAACUGUUCCGUGCUUUCCAUAAGAAUUCAACGAUUCGGUAAAGAAUGAACUCUGCUGGUGUAAAGUCCCCAGGCAAACAUCAAGGAUUGAGGACUGACAGAUUACUCUCAUUGUCCAUCUGCUGAGUAAGCUCCUUCCGAUAAGACUCUCUAAAAACUUCUGCCUGCCCUUCAUCCUGUCAAUAUCAAAAAAGCCCUCAGCCAUUUGCUGGGGCAAAACAGCGUUGCCAUGGAUACAGAGUCCGCCUACUCUGGCUACUCAUACUACUCUGGACGGUCGAGGGGAUCUCACAGACAUGGAGAGCGUAGCCGGGACCGCCACAAAUCCCGCAGUAAGGAGAGCAGUCGCUCGGAGAAGUCUGUCACUAUCAACGCUCCCCCAGCAGAGCCAUUGUUAGGAGACCAGUCAGUGCGAGGAGAAGAGGUUCAGGAUGAUAACUGGGGUGAGACUACGACAGCUGUCACUGGCACUUCAGAACACUCUCUAUCUCAGGAGGACAUUGUUCGCAUCAGCAAAGACCUCGACGACAGUGUGGGCCUAGACUGCAAACGUUAUCUAAAUGUGGCUCUGUCUGUCAUCCUGGGACUCGUGGUUUUUCUGACUCCACUUGCCUUCCUUAUCCUGCCUCACCUCCUCUGGCCUGAUAGACUGAGAGCCUGUGGAACGGCCUGUGAAGGUCUCUUUAUAUCUGUGGCAUUUAAACUGCUGAUUUUAUUGUUGGCAGUGUGGGCUCUAUUCUUCAGGCCACCCAGGGCUGGUUUGCCAAGAAUCUUCGUCUUUCGAGCCUUACUAGCCACAUUGGUGCUACUGUUUGUGCUUUCCUAUUGGUUGUUUUAUGGAGUGCGAAUCCUGGACUCACAGGAUGAGGACUACCAAGGGAUUGUGCAGUAUGCGGUUUCACUAGUGGACGCUCUGCUCUUUAUCCACUACCUGGCCAUCGUGCUGCUGGAGCUCAGACAGUUACAGCCAUUCUUCUCUCUAUGUGUCACACGCUCCACGGAUGGAGCAACACAACACUAUAACUUGGGUCAACUCAGCAUCCAGAGGGCAGCAGUGGUUAUCCUAGAGAACUACUACAAAGACUUCCCUGUCCAUAACCCUGCAUUGCUAGCAGCUUCCAAGUCCCGCGCCGCUAAACACCUGGCAGGCCUAAAAGUCUAUAACGUGGAUGGUCCAGGAGAGAAUAAUGCAGCUGCUGGUAUAGCCCAGUCUCAGUCUCGAGCAAUGAUUGCUGCUGCUGCACGCCGCAGAGACAGCAGUCAUAACGAACUCUACUACGAAGAGGCUGAGCAUGAGAGACGUGUCCGCAAACGCAGGGCUAGGCUGGUGGUGGCAGUGGAGGAGGCAUUUACACACAUUCGUCGCAUGCAAGAGGAGGAGCAGAAGAAGGCACCUGGUGACGUGAUGGACCCACGUGAAGCGGCUCAAGCCAUAUUCCCUUCAAUGGCCCGAGCACUGCAGAAAUACCUCCGCACCACCAGACAACAACACCUCCACAGCAUGGAGAGCAUACAGCAGCACUUAGCCUUCAGCAUUACAAACAACAUGACACCCAAGGCAUUUCUGGAGAGUUAUCUGACCACAGGCCCUACACUGCAGUAUGGAAAGGACCGCUGGCUUGCCAGGCAGUGGACCCUUAUCAGCGAAGCCUCAGUUACCAGUGGUCUGAAAGAUGGGAGCGUUUUUCUGCUCAAAUGUAUUGACUUUAGCCUAGUAGUCACUACCAAAAAGAUACCCUAUAUUCAGCUUGCUGAAGAAUUCAUCGACCCAAAGUCACACAAGUUUAUGCUUCGACUGCAGUCUGAGACUUCAGUUUAGAGUUUUUUGUUUUUUUUUUCUCAUUUUUUUUUUUUUUUCAGCAAAAACUGAUUUUCUUCUGGGAUGUAUGUUUAUUCAACUUUCAAGUAAUAUAUAUGUAUAUCAAAUAUUUCAAUAUAUCGCUUUUUCGUUUAUGAGCUUUUGUAUUUGCUAACAUGUUCAUCAGAAUUAACACGUUUGCAGUCAAACCAAACAAAAUCAGAUCAGAAAAAGCUGUUAUAUAGGUUGAAUAUUAUUACAGAAGACUACUUAUUAAUGUUUGUAACAUACAGAAAUAGUAAAGGAUGGAGGAUAGUGGGUGCAGUCAAAUACUUUUUCAGUGGACCACAGAGAGAUGGAUGGACUCAAAUGGGCACAUUUUCUCUGCCUCACUACUCUUCAUAAAACACUCUGGGAAUAUGAUCUGCAGACUUUUUGCAAGAUCCACAAUAGUGCAGUUGGAGCUGCACAGAUGAGACUUUCAGAAACACUGGCCAAUUACUGUAUCGUUAUAGCAACAGGUUUUCACGUCAUAAGGUUCACAAGCACAUCAUCACAGCCAAAUGACUAUCUACUACUGUAAAUGCACAUCAAAAAUUUCCAAGGCACAUUUUUAACAGACUUGUUUUUGCUGAUAGGACAUGUGUCUUUGUGUAUGUGUGUGUGUGUGUGUAUAUAUAUAUAUGCACAUUAUAUACCAAUGGGAGGUAUUGGAGUUUGUGUGUGUGAAAGAGAGAUAAAGAGAGACAUUGGCAGUCAAUACAAUGAUCCACUUAACACAUUUUGUUCAAAUUUCUACAUUUUGCAUUUCUAUUCAGAUCUAAUGCUUUUACUAAUCAUUUCUCUCAUUGGUAAAUUUUGGACUUGUGAAGAUUGUAUAGUUUUGGAUUAUUAAGCAUGAGAGGAGACAAAAAAAAAACAACAACAACAAAAAACAAUCUGUUCUCAAGCAUUGAAGAAAACAUUCAAACCAGACACAUUUUAUAGCACACUACAACAUUACACAUGUUCAAAAGUUAAAAUUAUGCAAAAAGUAUGUCAUAAUUUUGAAUUAAAAAGUUUAUCACUGACUUUUUAAUCUUAUAAUUGUGAUUUAAGUCAAAAUUUAAAUAAUUUUAAAUUAUGAGAUAAAAGUUUAUUAUUAUGAGAUUACAAAAAAAUCUAAAUUCUAAUAAUUAUGACAUGAAAAGCUGGUAUUGAGAUGAAAGCUCUUGGUGAGAUAUACAAAAAAUGGAUGCAAAUACAGUUAAGCUAAUGGUGCUGAAGGACACUGUCAUGACUUUUAAGAAGUUAACAGAGAACAUGUACCUAUUUUUCUUUGUGGCACGAUUCUUCUUUUUUUCCUCAUGACAAUUAGAAAUAUGAUCACUUAAACUAUAUGCUUAAAUCCCAGAUCUCUGUGAAUAAAGAGCUGCUUGACCUGUACCCUGCAUGUCAUGUAUUUUAAGAGGUGCUCUUUUUAGCAGACUGUAGGGAGUUGUAAUUGGACAUGGACUCAAUUUGAGCUGUUCAGAUGAGUAGAGAUGAUGUGUGAUCUCCUGUGUCCUGUCCUGUUUCUUGUUCUAUGCCUCACAGCAGUGAAGCUAUAAAAACUGUCACGAACGGCUCAUGAGAAUGUCAUCUAGGUCUAUGAAAUUAAAGAAUGUCCCCCCAGAGAACUGGAAUGUUUUGUCUGCCAAUGUUGAGAUACUGCUGAAAAACAACUGAUUGGUCAUGACCACUGGUCAUUUUACCUUGAUUUUGAAUGUUGCUGUCAGCCCUUGUUAAGGAAAGCAAAAUUGUUUUUUUAGCAAAAUUGUUCUAAAACAGAUUUUUUCAGAGUGGGUAAUUUGAAAAGGAUUAUCACAAGUGUUCAUAUAUCAUGUCAUAUCUAUGCAUAACAUACAAUUUCAUGUCAUAUCUAUGCAUAACAUACAAUUUAAUUUUCUUUUUAUUUGCUUGAAAUAUAUAUCAAUUAAAGGUAUAAUUUACCCAACAAUUUAAAUUUUAAAUUUAAACUUGUUUGACUUUCUUUCUUCUGAAGAACAUGCACACACACACACACUCAAAAAGUAUUUUGAAGCAUUGUUUGUAACUAAACAGUUUUGGUUGACACUGACUUCCAUUACAAGGGCAAAACAAACACUGAGACAUUUCUCACAAUAUCUCCUUUUGUGUUCCACAGAAGAAAGUCUGUUCAUACAAGUCUGAUGACAGAAUUUUAUUGUUCAUCACUACAUUUUUCUGUCAUUGGAAGAAUUAACCAUCACAGUACCCUCUUGAGGGGAAAAAUGGAUGUUAACAUUGUCAUUGACUUGUUUUUGCACAUAGACUGGCAUUUUAGGUUACACUUUUUAUUAUGGGUUUUUAUUAUGGGUUAUUAUUAAUCUUCACUUGUCCCUCAUUCUCUUCUAUAUUCCAAUGUUAUCAAAUGCUAUUUUUUGCUAAAACUUUUAUAUUAAGACGUUUUUUAGACAGCGAUGGUGUGGACCGAGUUACUUUAUAUAAACCACUCAUAAUGUGACUGUGCCUUUGCUUUUACACAGUGUGUGUGUGUGUGUGUGUGUGUAUGUAUGUGUGUGUUAUUAAGUCAUUCACAAUUUACAACUCAAAUCUCACUUGCUGAAUGCCGCUGUUUGUAUGCCUGAUUUUGUUAUAACAAAUGCUUCAAAGCUCACAUCAUACAUUUAAAUAAAACAGACAUUUUUAAUAACA